CAGGAAGCCAUGGACCCCACCAGCCUCCCCCCGGCCUCUGUGACCCCCUCGUGGGAUGUGUUCCCCCAGCAGGGGCUGGAGCCCGUGGACAUCGCUGUGCUCGUGCUCUAUUUCCUCUUCGUCCUCGCCGUGGGGCUCUGGUCCAUGUGGAAGACCCAGCGCAGCACGGUCAAAGGCUAUUUCCUCGCCGGGGGACAGAUGGUCUGGUGGCCUGUGGGAGCAUCCCUGUUUGCCAGCAACGUGGGCAGCGGGCACUUCAUCGGCCUGGCAGGCUCGGGAGCUGCCUCGGGAAUUGCUGCCACAGCCUACGAGUGGAAUGGGAUGUUCUGUGUCUUGGUUCUGGCCUGGCUCUUCCUGCCCAUCUACAUCUCCUCGGGGGUUACAACCAUGCCCGAGUAUUUGCAGAGACGUUUUGGAGGCAAAAGAAUUCAGAUAUUCCUGGCCAUUCUCUACUUGUUCAUCUACAUCUUCACCAAAAUAUCUGUGGACAUGUACGCCGGGGCUCUGUUCAUCCAGCAGGCUCUGCACUGGGACCUGUACAUCGCUGUGGCCGGGCUGCUGGCCAUCACUGCCGUGUACACCGUGGCUGGUGGCCUGGCAGCUGUGAUCUACACGGAUGCCCUGCAGACCCUCAUCAUGCUCGUCGGGGCCCUGUCCCUCAUGGUCUUCAGUUUUAUUGAAGUUGGUGGCCUUGAAGGUUUACAGGCCAAAUACUUUGAUGCCAUUCCCAGCAUCCGCAAGGAGAACAGCAGCUGUGGCCUGCCCAGGGAAGACGCUUUCCACAUUUUCCGAGAUCCUGUGAGCUCUGACCUGCCCUGGCCAGGAGUCCUGGUGGGAAUGACCAUCCCAUCCCUGUGGUACUGGUGCACAGAUCAGGUCAUUGUUCAGAGGUCCCUCGCUGCCAAAAACCUCUCCCACGCCAAAGGAGGCUCCUUGAUGACCUCCUACUUGAAGAUUUUGCCCCUCUUUAUGAUGGUAAUGCCAGGCAUGAUCAGCCGGGUUCUGUUCCCAGAUCUGGUGGCUUGUGCAGACCCAGAAAUCUGCAAAAAAAUCUGUGGCAACCCCUCUGGCUGCUCUGAUAUUGCUUAUCCCAAGCUGGUGUUGGAGCUCCUGCCUGUAGGACUCAGGGGCCUGAUGAUGUCGGUGAUGAUCGCAGCCCUCAUGUCCUCCCUGACCUCCAUCUUCAACAGCUCCAGCACCAUCUUCACCAUGGACCUGUGGAAACACCUCCGGCCCCGCUGCUCCGAGUGGGAGCUGAUGAUCGUGGGCAGGGUGUUCGUGCUGCUGCUCACCGUGGUGUCCAUCCUGUGGAUCCCCCUGGUGCAGGCUGGCCAGGGCGGGCAGCUUUUCAUCUACAUCCAGUCCAUCAGCUCGUACCUGCAGCCGCCCGUGGCCAUGGUCUUCAUCCUGGGCUGCUUCUGGAGGAGAGCCAACGAGAAGGGAGCCUUUUGGGGGCUGCUGCUGGGGCUGCUGCUGGGCGUGGUGAGGUUGGUGCUGGAUUUCAUCUACCCCGAGCCGCGGUGUGGAGAGCCCGACCCCCGGCCAGGUGUGAUCAAGUACAUGCACUACCUGUACUUCUCCAUGGUGCUGGGGGCCAUCACCACCCUCACCGUGCUCGUGGUCAGCGUGGCCACCGAGCCCCCAGCCCCACAAAUGAUCAGCCGGCUCACCUGGUUCACCCGUGGGGAUCCUGUGCCCAAGCAGGAGCUGGCAGCCAACCCCAGCGCUGACCCCCCUGCCAAGGAUGCCCUGCAGCUGGAGCUCAGCCCUGCUGCUGAGAACCCUCCUGAUGAUGCCAAAGGUGCAGCCGAGGCCAAGGGGAGCUCGAAGCUGCUGAGCACCUUCCUGUGGCUCUGUGGGAUGGAGCACAGGCAGGAGGGUGCUGAGAACGUGCCCAAACCUGAGCCCCUGCCCGUGGCUUCCCUGGAGGAGAAGCCCCUGGUGAAACACGUGCUGAACAUCAACCUGCUCCUGUGUGUGUGUGCUGGGGUCUUCCUCUGGGCUUACUUUGCAUAGCCACACACAUCAACUAAUCCUAAUUGGUGUAAAUAUUAAUGGUUAGCAGAGGGUUAAUGUAA